CAGUUGUGGCGCGAACAGGAGAGAGGUUAAAGUUGCGUCUUUAGGUCUGUAAGACGUGAUGACGAUUGUGAUUGUUUGCUUUCUUGGAAGUGCAAGUGGGAGAUGUGGGUCCACGACCAGGGUCUGCUUUUUUCACUGAAUGUGAUGGACGUGCAAUAAUUAACACCGUCUCGACGUCCAAAACCUAUAGCUUCACGUUUUGAAAACCAUGUCGACUACAUCGUCCGCCGUCGAGAUUACUCUGCAGAGUUUUGGUCUCCCCAGUAUGAUUGAGGCUUUACACCAAAUGCACCGGGUGGCUAUACAAAACCUUAGCCAUUACAUAAAGAACCUUUCAGCAAUUUGUUGUGGUUGUUGUAUAUGGAAUUAAGUAUAGUUUUUUUUAUCGAAUUGCGUAAGCAAAAGUAGAUGAUCUACUGUAGAUCACACAUGUUCAAGCUGCACGACACCGGAAGCAAAUUGAUUAUAGCUGUGAAGCCGACAAGUCCGACACUCGUAAAAGGAUACCUGACUAGGACUACCACGCGCAACCGCGAUCAGAGAAAGAGAUGCAUGUGUCCCGCCGGCCACGCGCGAAUGCCCCCUCCCCCGUCUCCCUGCAACGCCUCCUCGGAGAGGCCGUCGGUUGCUACGGGUGCGGCACGAAAAACCCUCACGGCUUCCAGCUGCACAGCUACGUCAAGCGGUUUUCGCAUGACAAAUCUGCAACGAAAAAAACCCACGUUGCGGUGGAGAGUCUCUGGCACCCGAAAGAACAUUAUGACAGUACACAACUCCCCCUCCCCUUCAUUUGUAUUGCAUGAGCGGCAAUGCAAGCAACAGCAAGAGCGCCCGUUUUAUUGCAAUACGAAUUUACGCUCCUGGAGUGUAGUACGAUUUGGGCUUUCGGAAUUUGUCAUGCAAACGGUGCCACAGGGCAGCGACUGGACUCGGGAUUUUGCAUGA